AUGAAAGGUUGGAAAUUGGAAAUAAACCACAGUUACUGUAAGCCUAACAUGGCUAACGAUCAGUCGAUCAGUUUUUUCAUAAAAUAAGACUGAUGAAAAACCAGCCAGUUUCCAUUUUCACCACUCACCAGCAACGUAAUAUGACGUACGACGUCGCAGCGGGCGGCUGAUGCUAUUGGAGUUAUUGGACACCUAUGAAGUAUAAACUCAAAUAUUGAACCGAAGUCUGAAAGUGAAAGAUUCGCGAUCGCGAAAUGGCUGUACAGUUGAUAAAGCUGAUAUCGAUGUUCAUCAUUUCGUUCUUGUUUUUUUUUCGCUCAACGAUUGCUUUAAAAGAUAAUAAACCAGUGCCAAAUAAUGUCAGCCCAAAACUGGACUGUGCUAUAAAAGAGUUUGCUUGGAACUACUCGAAGAAAUUGCAACCAAAUCGCGGCAACUUUCUUUCCGUGUUUGAUGCGUUGCAACUACAAACCAACUGUAACAUUACCCGACCAUCAAAAAACAUUGAUGUGAAAACUCGACGAAGUACGCCGUUUAUAGAUCUUUCCUCUAACGUUGUGUUUGUUCAUUCUACCAAAGGUUUAGAUAAAAAUAAUGGCAGAGAAGAACGCCCUGUUGCAAGUUUAUUAGCAGCUAGGAAUUUAUGUCGUCAAUACAGGAAAGUGGAGAAUGAUCAUUGUACAAUAUAUCUUAUGGAGGGUGUACAUGAACUAAAGGAAACUCUCCACUUAGGCCCUGAAGACUCUGGAACCAGUUUCGUUGGAGAUAAUGCAAUUAUUUCUGGCGGAAAAACAAUUAAACCAGAAUGGAAAUUAUAUAAAAAUACAAUGCAGUCAGCCUCUGGCCAAAAUGCCAUAUUUUACGAUGGCCUCAAACCAGGCGAAAGUUCAAAAUCUGUGAUGUAUAUGAGCAAAAUUAAUUCAUCGGCGACAUGUCUGGCUGGGUGUAAUUCAGAUGUUAAAUGUACUGCGUAUGUAUUCUUGAACACUGACACAUUUAAAUCUAUGUGUUACUUUCGAUUUGAUGGACUCUGGAAUCCAGAACCACAAAAUAAUUGUGUCAGUGGCAAGAAAAUUACAAUUUACAGUACAGACUUAAGAGACUCAAACAUAAAACCAUUUAAUUCCUUGUUUAUUGAUGGUCGCAGAGCGGUGAGAGCUCGAUUUCCUAAUGGGAACCCAGAAACAACAGGUAUUCAUACUACACCAACUGGUUAUGUUACGAAAGCGUUAAGCUGGCUACCUGCAAAGCCAUCCCCACCAGCAGUUGAGAUCCAGAUUAAAAAUCCCUACCGCAGUCAUAACCAGUUUCCAAUAUUUCAGCUUGGUAUAGAUGGCUCAGUUAAGCAGUUUCACCCACCAGAAUCUUAUUGGGCUACUAAAGAACCAUAUGGAGGUGUGACAUACAAGGUACCAUCAGGUUUGGUAUACAACAAGUCUUUGGAAAUGUCUGUAAAUGAAUGGAAGAGGCCAGAGACUGGUAUAGUUCAUGCAUAUAUGCAUUAUCAUUGGGGAGGGUGGCAAUUUCAACUUGAUAGUCGGAAUAUGUCAAGCAAUACUCUAAAAUGGAGCAAAGGGGGUUUCCAAGAGGCACGAGGAGACACUGGUGGUGCAGAGUGGUAUGUUGAGAAUAUUUUUGAAGAACUUGAUGUUGCUGGUGAAUGGUAUUUUGAUGAUGAAACAUAUCAACUGUAUUAUUUUCCAAAUGGUUCUUUACCAGAAGAAGUCACCAUAUCCCAGGUUGAGACACUUAUUUCCAUCAAAGGUUAUCAGUCUAAUCCAUUCAAAAACAUUUCAUUUUCACACCUGACAUUCACAGAAACAUCGUCAACAUUUUUGGAGAGUUAUGAGGUACCUAGUGGCGGGGAUUGGUCAAUUCAUCGUAACGGAGCAUUGUUUAUUGAAGGUGGAGAGAAUGUUGUUGUUGAAAGCUGUUUGUUCACUAAUAUUGGAGGAAAUGCAUUGUUUCUAAGUAAUUAUAUUCGGGAUGCUAUAAUAUCAAAUAAUGAAUUUGUUUGGAUUGGUGACAGUGCUAUAGCAGCUAUAGGGUCAUCCAAUCUUAUUGACGGCACAGAUGGAAAUCAGCCUCGGAGAACCAAAAUAUUAAACAAUCUUGUUCAUGAAAUUGGAUUAUUUGGUAAACAAACAGCAGCAUAUGUCCAAUCUCUUGCCUGCGAGACCCUGGUUGAACGCAAUGUAUUCUUCAAUGGUCCCAGAGCUGGUAUAAAUUUCAACGAUGGCUUUGGGGGCGGAAAUGUUGUCACUAAAAACUUGUUGUUUAAUUUUGUAAGAGAAACCUUAGACCAUGGACCAUUCAACUCCUGGGAUAGACAACCAUACCUCACAAGAGUAAGAGAUGAUAAGAAUGCAUCUUUGGUUCCAAAAGAAAAUACCAUGACUUAUAAUUUUAUCAUCAGUAAUUAUCAUUCAUGCUGGCCAAUUGACCAUGAUGACGGUACUGGAUAUUUUACUGAUCAGUACAACUACCUUGUAUAUGGUGGAUUUAAAAAUUACCUUGGUCAUUCAAAGACCUCACAGUAUAAUGUGUAUGUUUACCCAGAUGGUAAUCAACCAUAUUCUAAACCAUGCUGUGCGUUCAGUUCUGGAGCCCAAACAGGUCCUUUGGCAUCAGGUUGGGGUGAUCGUUAUACAGAUAACAAAUGUAUUGUCCAUUCAACACAAGUUUAUGAAUAUCCAAGUUGCAAGGUUCAAGACAUAAAUCAGCUGAUUCCUUAUACUGCAAGAAACAAGUUCUACACACCAGAUGCCCAAAUUGUAUUCAAAUGUGAUGAUAAUACUUGGACAUUGAAAGAAUAUCAGGAAAGAGGUUUUGAUAUUGGUUCAACUGUGUCAGAUUUAGUGGAUACAAACGAAAUUAUUCAGUGGGGAAAGGACCUUCUAUUAUAGAAUAAGAUAACUUUCUGUGUGGUUUUUGUUCCUCUUAAUGAUUUUGGUAGGGUUUGAAGGAUUAUACUAAUAGGAUUAGGAUUUGAAGGGCAUGACUAAUUGGCUAGGGUUUUGUAAUGUUUUAAUUUGUAUGGAAUUGUGUGAAAAUAUAUUGUAAUA